CACUGACGAGACGACAUGUGUUCAUCCUGCCAGAACGUGAUCAAAAUUGUCUGCAUAGCGUGCGCCGCCUGGGUCAUGGCGUUCCUCGAGGGCUACUGCUGGGCGCGGACGGCGGAGCGGCAGGCGUCGCGGAUGCGGGCGCGGUACCUGCAGGCGGUGCUCCGGCAGGACGUGGAGUACUUCGACCUCCGGUCCGGCUCGGCGUCGGAGGUGAUCACCGGCGUCUCCAACGACAGCAUCGUCGUGCAGGACGCGCUGGCCGAGAAGGUCCCCAACUUCGUGAUGUACGUCACCAUGUUCGCCGGCAGCUACGCCGUCGGGUUCGCGCUGCUGUGGCGGAUGACGCUGGUGACGCUGCCGUCGUCGCUCCUCCUCAUCGUCCCGGGCGUCGCGUACGGGCGCGCCCUCACGGACCUCGCGCGCCGGAUCAGGGCGCAGUACGCGCGCCCGGGCGCCAUCGCCGAGCAGGCCGUCUCGUCGGUGCGCACCGUGUACUCGUUCGUGGCCGAGAAGGCCGCCAUGGCGCGGUUCGCCGCGGCGCUCGAGGAGUCGGCGCGGCUCGGGCUCAGGCAGGGGCUCGCCAAGGGCGUUGCCAUUGGCAGCAACGGCAUCGCCUUCGCCAUCUACGCCUUCAACAUCUGGUACGGCGGCCGCCUCGUCAUGUACCACGGAUACCCCGGCGGCACCGUCUUCGUCGUCUCCUCCCUCAUCGUCAUCGGCGGCGUGUCGCUGGGGUCGGCGCUGUCGAACGUCAAGUACUUCUCGGAGGCGACGGCGGCGUCGGACAGGAUCCUCGAGAUGAUACGGCGGGUGCCCAAGAUUGAUUCCGAGAGUGACGCCGGCGAGGAGCUGGCCAACGUUGCCGGCGAGGUGGAGUUCAGGAACGUCGAGUUCUGCUACCCGUCGCGGCCGGAGAGCCCCGUCUUGGCCAGUUUCAGCCUGCGGGUGCCGGCGGGGCACACGGUGGCGCUCGUCGGCCACAGCGGGUCCGGGAAAUCGACGGCGAUCGCGCUGCUGGAGCGGUUCUACGACCCGUCGGCCGGGGAGGUGGCGCUCGACGGCGUCGACAUCCGGCGGCUGCGCCUCAAGUGGCUGCGCGCGCAGAUGGGGCUCGUCAGCCAGGAGCCCGCCAUGUUCGCCAUGUCCGUGCGUGAGAACAUACUGUUCGGCGAGGAGGACGCCACGGAUGACGAAGUGAUCGCCGCGGCGAAGGCGGCCAACGCCCACAACUUCAUCUCGCAGCUGCCACAGGGCUACGACACGCAGGUGGGUGAGCGAGGAGCACAGAUGUCUGGAGGGCAGAAGCAAAGAAUUGCCAUUGCCAGAGCGAUUCUAAGGUCACCCAAGAUCUUGCUCCUUGAUGAAGCCACGAGCGCUCUCGACACCGAGUCCGAGCGCAUCGUGCAGGAGGCGCUUGACGUGGCCUCCAGGGGCCGGACCACGAUCGUCAUUGCACAUCGCCUCUCCACCAUCCGGAAUGCUGACGGUAUAGCCGUCGUGGAAUCCGGUGCAGUCCAGGAGCUAGGCUCUCACUCUGAGCUUAUCGCCAAGAAUGGCAUGUACUCGUCUCUUGUCCAUCUUCAGCAGACCAGAGAUUCGAGUGAGGCCGACGAGGUUGUUGGCGGAACUUGCCGCACAUCUCCUAGUGCAGGGCAAUGCAGCAGCAACACGAGCAAGAUGCUCUCUUCAGCUAGCAGGUCAAAUUGGACAUUGUCCACGGGUGAUGCAGGAGAUGGUGAUGGUGACAGCAAUGAGAAGCCAAAGCUUCCUGUGCCAUCCUUACGAAGGAUGCUUCUCCUCAACGCACCAGAGUGGAAGUACGCACUGGUGGGGAGCUUGAGCGCAAUCCUGACCGGGGGCAUCCAGCCUGUUUACGCAUACUGCAUGGGGUGCACCUUUUCCAUCUACUACUCGGCAGAUCAUGGCGAGAUCAAGCACAAAACAAGGCUGUACGCGCUCGUUUUUCUCGGUCUUGUGGUGAUCUCAUUCUUGCUCAACGUUGGACAGCAUUAUAGCUUCGGCGCCAUGGGUGAGUACCUGACCAAGAGGAUCAGGGAGCGAAUGCUUGAAAAGAUCCUCACUUUUGAGAUUGGAUGGUUUGAUCAAGAUGACUACUCUAGCGGCGCCAUAUGCUCGCAGCUUGCCAAGGACGCCAACAUUGUAAGGUCACUCGUGGGCGACCGAAUAGCCCUGGUGAUCCAGACAGUUUCCAUGGUGUUCAUCGCCUUCACCGUGGGUCUCGUCAUCUCCUGGCGCCUGGCCCUGGUCAUGAUAGCGAUGCAGCCGUUCAUCAUCGCCUGCUCCUACGCCCGGCGCGUCCUGCUGAAGCGCAUGUCCACGAAAUCGACACUGGCGCAGUCCGAGACCAGCAAGAUCGCCGCCGACGCCGUCUCGAACCUCCGCACCAUCACCGCCUUCUCGUCCCAGGGCCGCAUCCUCCGCCUCUUCGGCCGAGCCCAGGAAGGGCCAUACAGGGAGAGCAUCCGGCAGUCAUGGUUCGCGGGUCUCGGGCUCGGCGCCUCCGUGAGCCUCACGGUGUUCUCGUGGGCCCUCAACUACUGGUACUGCGGCAAGCUUAUGGCCGAGCGGCUCAUCUCCGUCGAGGCCGUCUUCCAGACCACCAUGAUCUUGGUCACCACGGGGCGCGUGAUAGCGGACGCGUGCAGCAUGACGACGGACAUCGCCAAGGGCGCCGACGCGGUGUCCUCGGUGUUCGCCAUCCUCGACCGCCAAACGAAGAUCGAGCCCGACGAUCCCAAGGGGUACAAGCCGGAGAAGCUCACCGGGGAGGUGGAGAUUGUAGACGUCGAUUUCGCGUACCCGUCGAGGCCGGAUGUCACCAUCUUCAGAGGAUUCUCCCUGAGCAUAACGGCAGGCAAGUCGACGGCCCUCGUCGGGCAGAGCGGCUCCGGCAAGUCGACCAUCAUCGGGCUCGUAGAGCGGUUCUACGACCCGCUCAGGGGCGUCGUGAACGUAGACGGUAGGGACAUCCGAGCGUACAACCUCCACGCCCUGCGCCGGCACAUCGGGCUCGUCAGCCAGGAGCCGACGCUGUUCGCCGGCACCAUCAGGGAGAACAUCACGCUGGGGGUCGAAGCGGAGGCGCCGGCGAGCGACGCCGAGGUCGAGGCCGCGGCGAGGGCCGCCAACGCGCACGGCUUCAUCUGCGGCCUCAAGGACGGGUACGGCACGCGGUGCGGCGACCGGGGCGUCCAGCUGUCGGGGGGCCAGAAGCAGCGGGUGGCGAUCGCGCGCGCCAUCCUCCGGAACCCGGCGAUCCUGCUGCUGGACGAGGCCACCAGCGCGCUGGACGGGCGGUCGGAGAAGACUGUGCAGGAGGCGCUGGACAGGGUGAUGGUGGGGCGGACGAGCGUGGUGGUGGCGCACAGGCUCAGCACCGUCCGGGGGUGUGACGCGAUCGCCGUGCUGGAGAGAGGGGUUGUCGUGGAGAAGGGCACGCACGCGGCGCUCAUGGCCAGGGGGAGCUCCGGGGCCUACUUUGGGUUGGUCAGCUUGCAGCGGGGAGGGGAGAAGCAGGGCUGAGAUACGUUGUUCGCCGCCGGAGAGAGAAGGACUUUCAGAGUUCGCAGCCCGUUCAGGACAAGUCACCAUUUGGAUUUCACUCGCAGGCAGGAACUCUGAAUGAAUGAAGAGCUGCGGCUCAUAUAGGACUUGCAUUAUAUGUGUCAUCAGUGGCUCAUUUGGACUUGUGUAGUGUUGCGGCUGUACUCGCUUGUCCAGCAAUGCAAUCAAGAGUCAGUUUGUAGCUCAGUAGCUGUAACUUUCUGUUGGUACUCAUGCCUAGCUAUCUGAUCGUGCAGUGGCAACUGUACUGUAAUCUCCACGGGAGAGUGGCGAGACAAAAGAACGAGUU